GUCUGUUGCAUAAAAAGAAUUAAAUAUUGUCUUUAGUUAGACCAUCAAAAAGAUUUCGGACUAUUUCUAGACUUUUCAUUCCUCCAGAUAUCAAAGUCAAAACACAGCCACAGUGAGUGAAACAUGUCUUUAAUCAGGUCUGUGAUUGGUGGAUUUAGAAGGGGAUAUACCUGCCUAUUUAUACCGUCAGUUCAAAGACAGAAUAGCAAUGUAAGAAGUUGUCAUAAAUUUCCGACAGAUGAACCACCCAGUACCAUACCUGAGAAAUCUGAAGGAAUUGUUGAUGAAGAGAUCCUGGAUUUUUUAAAUGAUGAGGAAUUCUUUGCUAGAUAUACUGAUGAAGAAUCAAUUACACAAAACCAAUCAGCUUCCAAUACACUGGACUUAAAUAACACUACUGAAUUGUUCCCAAAUGCUACACAUAUGGACAUGUUAGUGGAUGGAGUACCAUUUAAGGAAAUACCCAUUGUUAAUAUUAAAGCCACAAGCAAUAACACUUUAAUGGCUCUUGUUAAAGAUAACAAAGUAGUGACAUGCUCAACUGGUGGUAGUGUUGGGUUUAAAAAUAAGAAUAAAUCUAGUACAGUUGCAGCACAGACUGUAGGCUUUGAUAUAGCACAGAAAGCAUUAUUUCAUAACAUCAAAAAUGUUCGAAUUUGUAUACGAGGCUUCAGUCAAGGGAGAUUGCCUGCAAUAAAAGCAUUAGAGACGGCUGGAUUGAACAUUGUUUCUAUAACUGAUACAACAAGACUAGCUUUUAAUGGUUGUAAACCAAGAAAGGCAAGAAGAAUGUGAUUCUAUGGUGGACAAAAGUUUGUGCUGACCAGGUCGAAGAACAGAUGUAUGAUUAUUGUAAAAUUGAAUAAAUGUAUUCCCUCUA